AGUUUAGUACCAGAUUCCAUCGAUAAGCAGCACUUUCUUCAUUUUGACGUUUUAAAAAUUUCGCAUAACCAAAUAUGGGGAUUUCUUGAAACUAAUGUGAACUAGAUAUGAAGUGUCUGUUGAAAAUAUUCUUUUUUUAAAUUCUGUAUAAAAUUUAGAUGUAAUUAUUUGUUUUACAAUUUUAAUUGUAGGAAAUUGCUUUUAAAAACCCAAGAUGUCUUUCCGCGUUGUACGUAGCUCCAAGUUUCGGCACGUAUAUGGUCAAGCUCUAAAAAGGGAACAGUGUUACGAUAAUAUUCGCGUAUCAAAAAGUUCAUGGGAUUCAACUUUCUGUGCUGUGAACCCCAAAUUUUUGGCUAUUAUUGUCGAAAGUGCUGGGGGAGGUGCCUUUAUUGUCUUACCCCAUAACAAGGUAGGACGCAUUGCAGCCGAUCAUCCUCUUGUAGGUGGUCAUAAAGGGCCUGUAUUAGAUAUAGCUUGGUGCCCACAUAAUGAUAAUGUUAUAGCCAGUGGUUCAGAAGAUUGUGUAGUUAAAGUAUGGCACAUACCAGAUCAUGGUCUCCAUAAAACCCUAACAGAACCUGUAGUUGAUCUGGUUUAUCAUCAACGAAGAGUAGGACUUGUUUUGUGGCAUCCUACGGCACUAAAUGUACUUCUCACUGCCGGAAGUGAUAACCACGUAGUUAUAUGGAAUGUUGGAACUGGUGAUGCCUUAGUAGAAAUAAAUUGCCAUCCUGAUAUUGUAUACAGUGCUUGUUUCAAUUGGAACGGUUCUAAAUUAUUAACAACAUGCAAGGACAAAAAAAUCAGAAUAAUCAAUCCACGAACAGGAGAAGUAGAAUCUGAAGCUAUUGCACAUGAAGGUUCAAAGGCUACAAGAGCAAUCUUUUUAAGACAUGGCCUAGUAUUUACUACGGGUUUUUCAAAAAUGUCUGAGAGACAAUACAGUCUGCGUACACCAGAUUGUUUGGAAGAACCAAUUGUAAUGGUAGAAUUAGAUACCUCAAAUGGUGUAAUGUUUCCACUGUAUGAUCCAGAUACAAACCUAGUAUACCUCUGUGGUAAAGGUGACUCUGUAAUCAGAUAUUUUGAAAUCACUGCAGAACCACCUUUUGUACACUAUAUUAAUACCUUCCAAACACCAGAUCCUCAGAGAGGAAUUGGGAUGAUGCCAAAGAGAGGAUGUGAUGUAACAUCCUGUGAGAUUUCACGCUUCUAUAGACUUAACAAUUCAGGACUUUGUCAAGUAAUUACCAUGACAGUGCCUAGAAAAUCUGAGCUCUUCCAAGAAGACUUAUACCCUGAUACAUUAGGUGACCAAUCAGCACAAACUGCUGAUGAAUGGAUAAAUGGUCAAGAUGUAGAGCCUAUUUUAAUAUCUUUGAAGGAUGGCUAUAAACCACCAGAAUCAAAGUCUUCGUUAUCUGUAACAAGAAGAAGUAAUUUAUUAGAUAAAAUUCCACCUAAGGGCGCAAAAGGAAGUAGUCAGAGUGCACCAGCUACUGAUAAAACAUUACAAGAAUUUGCUGACGAAAUAAGAAAAUUGAAGGCUAUGAUAGUAAAACAUGAAAACCGAAUCCGAGCUCUCGAAGCAGAAGUGGCAUUGAAGAAAGCUGUUACUGCUGACGAUGAUGACGGUCCAGGAGGUGGUGAUGGAUUAAAUGCACAACCUACACCGUUGGCUUCUGAUGAGGUGUAACAUUUUUCACAUAUGGAUGUACACAACGAUUGUCAAACUGCUCAACUAAUAUUUUUAAAGGUGUUGCACACGUUUUGGUUUUGCAAUUGCUCCGCUUUUUAUACAUAAUAUUAUUUUAAGAACCAUCAUUUUAUUUAUUUUUUUUAUCAUUCAAAUAUAUUUUAUUAACUCCAUAUCAUCGACAUCAUGAAGUGCUCUUAUAAUAUUACUAUUAAGAUAGUUGUUUGAACUUGUUCAAAAAUGUUAUAAUGCAAAAUGUUCAUAAAUCUUAUUUUAAGAUUGCCUUAAGCCAAAUACAAAGAAAUGUUAUUAAUUUACCACAAUUUGAAUUUGUUUAAUGUCAUGUUAGUAUAAACGAACAAUAAAUAUUUAAAAGUGACAUUUAUUACCUUUAACCAAAUAAUUUCUAACUGACACCUUCUUUGACAUAAUUGAAACAGGUAUUUUUGAAAGAUCAUGAGUCCAUGAAACCAAACUUUUCAGGAGAGACAACAAACUAAAUACUGAAAAAAAUUCAAGGUCACAUAAUUUGUUUGUUAUGAAAAUAUAAAAUACGCACAUAUUUACAUGUUGUCAUGUUUUUUGACAAUAAAAAAUGUUUACAUUUUUGAAAAAAAAGCAUCAAAAGAAACUUAUAUUAUUACUAGAAUUUCUCUAAAAAUGAAAGACUGUGUAUUGGAUAAUUUGUGUUAAAUUAAAAAAAUAAUCAGCAUAUGUUUCAACUACUCCCUACUCAUUAUCAUUUUCUGACGUAGGCUACAGGAAUAUUUCUUGAUAAAAAGUCAUUAUAUCCUCUUCUGGGGGUAGAUACUUUUCUAUUUUCCUCAAAUCUUCAAUUCUAUAAAUAUUUUUUGGAAUUUUGUCCAAUGGAUAAAAUUGUUUAGUGGGUAAAAUUGGCUCAGAAGCAGUUUUUCUAGAUUGUAUUCAAAUUGGCGAAAUUUUGAAACAUUGGAUGAUUUUUUUGUCCUUAGGUACUUUACCUUCCUUUGUUUCUUCAGAGAUGACCUUCUUUUCGUAAUAAUGAGGCCACCAUUUCGUAAACGCCAAUACAUCUUCAUUAUUAACCAUUUUCAAUUUGAAAUUUUUUUUUUCACUAGAAUUUAGUAUUUUGUUUAGUUUCUCCUGAUAGCUUCCAUUCCUUACUUUCACACUCAACAAUCUUUGCUUUCUGUUAUGGAUUAAGAGCUUCUGUAAGUUUUUCACAAACUUUUUUUUCAUUUCAAGUUUUUGUGUCAAAAUUUCGAGAACGAUAGUUUUGGAGAUUGACAGCUCCUCAACGAUCAUUCUGACUGUUAAUCUACGGUCUUUAAGAAAACAAGCCCGAAUUUGUUUAACUUUUUCUUCAGAACUCGAUGAGUCUCCUUUCACUUCUACUCCGUCUUGCAGAACCUUUUAAAAACAUUUUUACUUGUGUGUUUGGAUAUGUUAUUUUGUACAUCCUAACCAUUUCUUUUAUAUUGAGCUUAGAUCUAAAUAUUUAUAUUCUCGUGAAGUUUAAUGAGCAAUUUUAUUGAAAAACGAAGAUAUAUGAUCUUCUACACUUCUUCUUAUUUGUAGGUCUAUCACAUGCGAAAUGUUUUUUCCACGUAUGUCACAAGGUGCUUGUCCUAAAGCCAAUAGCUUAAUAAGGCGUCUCAGUCUUCGCGGAGGGAUUUCGUGAAAAGCUUUUUUGCAAACAUUGGUUUCUCCAGCAGAAUGGGAGACGUGAUAUAAGACAUUCGCGGCUCUCUCUAUACUCGAAUUUAAACUUCUUGGUUGUUUUCUGAAUAUUGGUUGCAGCAACUUUUUAUAAAUUUUAUCACAUAACUCCUCAGAAAUUAAAAUUGGUAUGCAUCGAGCCCGAAAUCUAAAAUGAUAAUAAAAAAUAUCUUAGAAUCUAUUGUAUUUGAAACCUAAAAAAAGUAAAGAAAACAUAUCAAAAAAUCUCAACCUGCAAUCGUCUCCACUAGGUUUUGUUUGACACAAAUUCCCCUUAUAGUUUACUUACGGAAGAUUAUACAGUAUUAACUUCUUUAUAGUUUUGCAUGUAUAUUCUUUUUGUUUGACUUCUUUAAUCUAUUUCUGGUGCCUAGGCUACUCUUCUUCACUCAUUUUUACAUCACGCAAUAAAUAAGAAAUAUUAAAUAGAACAUAAGUUCAGUAACUAGUGUUGUUUCAAAUAUAUUUCGAUUUGAGAGGAAACUAAACUUAAAUGGAAAGAAAAGGACUCGAGAAUUGUUUCAAUUAUGUCAAGGGUGUGAUUACCAGCAUAAAAAUACGUGGUCUCAUGUUUUUUCGAACAUAUCUGAUUCAAAUGUUUCAGAUAUAAAUUAUCAUUCUGGUGCUUGCUAUAAACGAGAUAUCUUGAAGAAGUGUAACAGAAUCGUUUUAAACAAAAAAUAAUUCUAUUAUAUAACUACUUUUAUUUGUCUUGAAAAAUAAUUUGAGUAAAUUCCAAAUAAAAAUGUCACUUUUUGAAAUUUUUUAAUGUUUCAUUUCAUACAAUACCAAUAUAUGAAUUAUAUCCUUUCUUAAAUAAGUUUAAAUAAAAAAUUCUUGUUGUUGACUGUUCAUAUUGAAAUUUAUCCAAUGACAACUUUCAUUUUCCACUUAAAGAUCUAAAUGUAAUAAAACAAAGAUACUAUAGUUAAUGUAAAAUUCCAGAUUAAAAAAUGUGGUAAGUCUACAAUGUUUCUAUUUAAAAUUUCGUAUCAAGCAAUAAAGUAUGGCUCCAUCAAAACACAUAUUGGAUAAGUUGCAAAUGAUAAAUACAGACAUGACAUUUAUAGUUAUAUGUGGUUUGUAUAUAACAUUUUAUUAAGACAUCUAACGUGUUAGAUAUAUUUAUAUAGUUUAUGAAAUUGUUGUGGAAUUUUUGAUAAUUAUUUUUAAAAGAACUUGUUCAGUAUUUUUAUAACUUAUAAAUUAAUAAGUGCAAUUUGAAAUAGACUGAAGCCUGAUUGGGCGAUUUCAUCAAGUAAUUAAAUAAGACUACAAUUAAGCGCGCAAAAAGUAAGACUGGUUACCGAAAAAAACGAAUUCACUUGAAAUAUUAAUUGAAAAAUCACAAGGGUAGCAAAUGCUUCCUUGAAAAAACUUUUUAAUUUAUUUGAACCUUUGUUUUAUAUUGUAUCCAAAUAAAAAUAAUAGGUAUAAAAAACUAUGAAAUUAGAAUAUCCUUUCUAUACUUACGGACCCAUUGGCACAAUGAAAUCAUUCUCUUUCAUUAUCAACCCAUCCAGCUCCGGCUAAGGGACUGAUGAUAUUUCAUCAUACUAACCAGACGUUUGACGAACAGAUUUUUUUGUUUUUUAUCAAUCUCAUAUUAAUCUAUUUAUUAAUAUUUAGGUGCAUAGCAAAUAAAAAUAUAUUUAUUUAUUUAUUUCUCUUCCGUAAGUAUAUACAUAACUAAGAAAGAAGAGAGAGGUAAUUUUAAUUUCAAUAAUCAACAUAUUUACUACAUGUAAUGCUCUUUAUAAUCUACAUACUUAUAUAAUAUAUGUACCUACCUAACAACGAAUCAUCUAGUACAAAAAAUCUGUAAUUUUUUUUGUUUUUGAUUUUUGUUUGUAUAAUAAAAAGUAUGAACAAUAUUAUGCAAACUAGAUAAUAUUUUUCAUUGUGUCAUAAUGCACAAACAAAUUUAGCACUUUGCAGCUUUAGACCUUCAGAUGCACUCAGAGUGGUACAGUUUUCUUUCUAGUCGUUGUCAUUAUUAUCGUUGUUAUCUUGUCUGUUGACGAUAACAUUUUGUGAAAUAUUUUCGUCAGUCGACUCCUCAUCAACAGCAAAAUAUUGUUCAAGUUCUUCAAAUCUCGCCCAGACAGGCAGCAGCACAUUAUCAUCGUCGUUGUCGAUAGCAACACUGGAAGUACUGGGAUUGUCACGGGUAAAUUGUAGUCGUAAACUUCUUCCAGGCAUCGUAAAUCAUUAGAAUGGCAUCAAGUAUGUUUGGCACCUCUGGUAUCUUCUUUUGUAUCAAGACUGGCGACAAUUUUUAGAACCAGGUUUUAACGAAAGUGUGAUUUUAAAACUAUUUCUUGGUCCAUAAGCUGUAAUGCCAAUGUUGUAUUAGGAGGUAGAAAAACGAGAGUUAAUACUUCUCAAGUCAGACAGUUGUUAACAAGAAGCAGAAUCUUUUUAGUAAGUUCUUGAUCCCAGUCGUGUACCCAUUUGCUAGGUCUUGCGAUUGCUCUCAUAAUCUACAUUUUGGAAAUAUCUUGGGUUCUUUGACUUGCCGAUAAUUAACAUCUUUUUUUAUCGUGCCACACAAGUUAGUUGCAACCAUAACAAUUAUUUUGCCUGUCGAAAGUUUUUUUCGCCUCUAAAUUUUACAAUUAUAUCUGGCGUUAGUUUAUAGAAUAAUCGUCUACAUUAAAUAUUUCGUCGUCACUAAAUUGUGCUCGCAAAGUAGGCCGAAUUUUUGUGUCUUCUCUUAAAUUGUUUAGCUAUUUAGCAAAAAAAAUGUCUUUUGUUGAAGUAUAGGCCCAUAUACGGAUAUUCGUCGAUUACGUUGCAGCUUAAAUCAUUGUAAAAGUUCCAUGUUCACGCGUUUGAGUUGUAAAACAUUGGCAUUGAAAAAACGUUCUAUUUUGUGUUUAAUUUUCUUGAUUUUGGAUUUUGUCGAAUUAUUUACAUCGAACUGAUUCGCAAUUGUUACAUUCGAUUCACCAGUUUCUAGGCGUUGUCCUAGUAUACUUUUCUCUUUAAUGGAGAAACUUUUGUUUUAAAGAAGCCAUUAAAUACUGCCGUAAAAUGAACAGCCGCGUUCAAAUCACAAAUUCUUACGAUUUAUUUAUAAACAUGUCGAUAAUCGUCGUUGUAACCGGAUAAUUAUGUUGGAAAUUCGGUCGUUAAAAGCGGGUGGUCGUUGUAAGUGGAGUCAUAAUAAAUGAAUUUACUUUCAUAGUAAAACCAAACAUAUGCUUUGGGUUGGCGACCAAGUAAUUUCUGUUUUGUAGUAUAAAGUAAAACACUUCCACCUUUAACUUAUUUGUACUGAGGUUUAUAAAUUUUCUACAAAUGUGAAUAAAACAACCUCUUUUUUUGUACAACGCUUUGACAAAUAGUUUUAUGAUUUUUAAUUUGAUAUGUAUUUGUUGUACAGUAAAACUCACCUUAAACUUUUCUCAGAAUUGUCAAUAAAAAGCACAACUUUGUUGGUUUGUAUGGUUGGCGACAAAGUCAUUCUGGUUUUGUAGUAUAAAAUAAAACAUAGAAUAGUUUUUAAUCAAUUAUAUAUUUUCCAUUUUUCUUAAUGACCUUUUGCCAUCUUUCUUUCAGUUUCAUGAUUCCGCGCUCAUUUGUGAAAGUUUGACCAUUCAAAGAAUCCGGCAAACUUCGAAAUAAAUGGUAAUCAGAUGGUGCCAGAUCAGGGCUGUAUGGGGGAAGUGACAUCACUUCCCGGCCAAGUUUAUCAUGGCGGAGCACUGAACCUUUCCGAUUUGACAAUUCUGGCCGUUUUUCUUUGAUUGCUUCAUCCAGUUUCAUUAAUUGUGUUUUUGAUGUGGUUUGUUCUGGUUCUCCGUGUUUGCUUAAUGAUCGUUUUUGAACUAUGUUACUAUACAGGACCCAUUUUUCGUCACCAGAGGUCAGUUUCAUUUCGUUUAAGGUGCAUAUCGCAAAUUUUGAUUCUUUGUCUUAAAUAAAUUUCAUUUAAUUUGUGAGGUACCCAAAUAUCAAGCUUCUUAAUCCUAGAUAUUUUAAGUGUUUUUCAAUUGUUGUGCGCGAUACAUUUAGCUCCAGAACGGAAUUUUUUAUAGCAAUUCUGACACGUGUGCUCUGUUAAGUAAUCAGCACCAGAAACUUCUUUGAGAACCGCAGCAGCUUUUUUUCCUUUAAGGAAAUAAAAAAUAAAAUAUGCCCAAAAUAUUCGUUUCUGCACACCAUUUAAAAUUAACCAAGAACUAAUAGUUUUAAUAAAAAUCACGCUUCUAAAGUUACGUCAAAGUACAGCAAUAACUUAAGUUAUUCAAAAAAUAAAGGAAGGCUUAUUAUCAGUAAAAACCAAAAGUACUUAGUUACCAACCUUAUAUUUAGUUCGAUCAACAAGUUUGGUUGUUGAAUGCGGACUACACUGUAUUUCUAUUCAUUACUUUUCCCUAGAUACAGUACAACCUCAAUAUAACAAAUCGAAAGGAAACAAAUGAAUAUUCAGUUAUAUAUUGUAAACCAUUGUAUUAAUAUAAAAUUAAAACAACAACCACGAGUUAACUUUCUUCGCCACAAUAAUUUUCACAGUUUUUCAUUUGCUGUGUUUUGUUGACUCAAUUUACAAAAAAAUGUGGCUUAACUCUUUUCACCAUCAAGGCGACGAAAUAUUAAUUAAUGAACUUUAUAAUUUCGAUUUUGAUAGUAGGAUAUACAGAGGUUUGACAAAAAAAUGUAUUUUAAAGGGUAACACCACUGUAGAGCCCGGUUUUUGAAGAUCAUUUUUGGAAUUUUUUUUAAGAAAACUACAUCAGAUGCAAAAUCUAAUUGGAUGACUUUAUUAUACAUGUAUUGAAGUAAUUAAAUGAAUUUUCACAGAGCGUUCAAAAACAAAAUGGCGUAAAUACAGAGCUAUAAGCAUAAGAGGAAUUUUUAGAGAGGCCUCCACUACCACCAACUUUUCGUCGUAGUUAUUGAUAUGAUACUUAAAAAUUAAGUUUUUUCUUAAUGUUUGAACUAUAAAUAAGAGAAGUAAAUAAGGUUUCCAAAAAUAUCAAAUUUUAACAAAAUGGCGGAAGUUAAAAAAAAAUAAUUAUUUUUUCGUAUAAAAGAAUCAUGAAACAUCGGUUGUAAAUUAUUUUAUUAUGUUAUAUUAUUAAAAAUCCUUGGUAGUUCCCUAGAAAUUGAUGUUAUAAAGCUUUUGUCAAAGUUUUAAAUCAAUCGUAACAAAUUUGGCUGAAUAAUUGUGGUGGUAGUGUUUGAAGGUUUGAAAACGGACGAUAAGCGUGAUGCAACUGUCAAACUGACGCUAUACUAAUACAUUAACACAAAUACAGUUCAUAAUUUCACUAGUGCCACCCAUUGGUACUAUUUACUAGUAGAAAUAGUCGCUAAGGAAUAUCUGAAGCAGGUAAGCAUUUCGGAGCUAAAAAAAGAUAUUUACUUUUUAUAAUUUUUACAGUGGUGUUACCCCUUAAUAGAGCAUAUUUCAUUAUUUUGUAUCAAUGGUAGCAUUAGGCCAGUUUUGAAUCUUAUUUAUGAUUUCAUUUUGAUCAAAAGUUCGCUGGUCACUAUAAUUUCAUCGCAAAGACUAUUGAAUUGCCUAAAUCAAUGCUUAGCUUCCGUUUUCUUCAAAAUAAUGUAACAAACCUUUGUCUUGAGGCUCUUGAUUUGCAAAAACUACAUGGCCCUGGCCUAAUAUUUUUUCUUAAUGCUCUCGAGUGUCACAGGAAAUAUUUUGGCUACUCAUACUGGUGUCAAGCAUUCUCCACUCAAAUCAGUAACUGCAGCACACCCUGGAGUGUGAUUAUGAUAUUGGCGAAAGUUAAUUUUCAUUUUAAAGUUUCAAAUUGAAGUGUAAAAAACAAAUCCAGAGUUCUUCUAUUCAAAGCUAUAGCCAAAUAAUAAAAUAUGCGCUAAUUUUCCUAGUUGUAUAUGAUUCCACUGUAAACUUUCUAUUGUUGGUUUGAGGUAGAGUAGAAAUCUCUUAAAUAAGGUACUUAUUUUAUAAGAAAUUGAAAAAUUAUUUAUAAUUGCUAUUAACAAAGUAAAAAUUUUUCACAUGUGCCAAACAAAUAUUGUUCAUAUUAUCAUAAUUUGUUGACUUGUUCAUUCAUACAGACUAGAAUUACUAUGUGGUAUGUAACAUAAAACAAUUGUGGUUUAGACAACAUUUAUUAGGAGACAAUACGGCUGUAAUAAAUGUAGCUAAUGUGUUUUUUCCGUUUUUGUGGUUAUUGAUUCGUCAUCUGUAGCCAUUAGCAUUGCGCACAGAAUAAAUGUGUGUUUGAUGUGUGUAGGAAAACAUUCACAAUAGAUAGAAAUAUUCUUCGAGACACUUUUUAACUUUUUAAAAAUAAUUUAUUUACAAUAAACGAUUUUUAAAUUUACUCAGGCAAUAAAACAAUGAGUAACUUUAUUAAUUACAUUGAACUUAUAUUUAUUUUAUCAGUAUUUUGGAAUCCGCUGACCAUGUGCAGUGGCGGAUUUACAAAUUGGUCGCCUAUAGGCUAUUCAAUUUUAGCUGACCUCUGAAAUUCGAUACUUUGGUUCAUAAUUAUUUAAAUUACAUUUUCUAUAAAUAAAAUUGCAAUUUCAUGAUUUGAGAGCUAUCGUUUUAUAUAAAAUAAUGGUAUAAGUUGAAUUAUGAUAACGGAGUACAUUUUGGCUUGACUUUGAUUUCGCGAAAUUAUUAAUUAUAUGAAAUAUUGUUUAUUAGAUCUGACUCUAUGCACGAAAAAGCUAAAGUGUUUAGCUUCUCUUGAUUUUUCUUUCCUUUAAUUUCGUGAACCAAAAAAAAUUAAACAAAAUUUGCCUCCCUAGGCUGCUCAACCUUGGUAAAUCCACCACUGACCAUGUGCAUAUUAUUUAUUCUUCGUUGGUAUCUGCUGAUCGUUAUGCAGUGUCGGGGACCUUUCAUAUUUCUAUGUAUUAAUGCAAUAAUUUUUUCCACGUUCAAAUAAAUCACGUUAUGAAAUUGAUCAUAAUCAUAAAUUCGCAAUAAUAACAUUAAGUAAAUUGUAAAUAUAGUAAAUUGUUAGAAAAUAUGUAUAUUGUAAUUUUUAUAACAUGUCUUUGAAUAGAUUAUCAGAAAUUCCAUAGAGUCUAUUGCAUGCUGCUAUGUUAACAACAAAUAAUAAUGUAUAUAAUUGUAAAAACAGUUUAUAAAGCAUUUUUUUCAGUUAACUAAUAAAAAUUAAUAUGAU